UCAAUUUUUUUUAAAGGCUGAAAAGAAAGGAGCCAGCAAUACAGUUAUUGGGAUGAUCUUUGGAUGCUAUGCUUUGUUUGAACUGCUGGCCUCUUUGUUCUUUGGAAAAUAUCUUGUACAGAUUGGAGCAAAAUUUAUGUUUGUAUCAGGAAUGUUUGUCUCAGGAGGAGUCACAAUUCUCUUUGGUUUAUUGGACCAAGUUCCCGAUGGACCAGUAUUUAUUGCUCUGUGUUUUCUAGUGAGAAUAGCAGAUGCCAUAAGCUUUGCUGCAGCAAUAACUGCAUCUUUUUCUAUCCUCGCAAAGGCUUUCCCAAAUCAUGUGGCCACAGUCUUGGGAAGUCUUGAGGUUUUUUCUGGACUGGGACUAGUUUUAGGGCCUCCUUUAGGUGGCUUCUUGUAUCAAUCCUUUGGCUAUGAGGUGCCUUUUAUUUUGCUUGGAUGCAUAAUUUUGCUGAUGGUACCACUCACCAUGUACAUUUUACCUAGUUAUGAGGAGUCUAAUCCAGGUCAACACUCAUUCUGGAAACUCAUCAGUUUACCCAAGGUUGCGCUCCUAACCUUCAUCAUCACCUCGCUCAGCGCCUGCUUCGGCUUCCUUGACCCGACUCUGUCUCUCUUUGUUUUGAAGAAGUUUAACUUACCAGCUGGACACGUAGGACUGGUAUUCCUGGGUUUGGCACUAUCCUACACCAUUUCUUCUCCACUCUGUGGUCUACUAAGUGAUAAAAUUCCACAUCUAAGGAAAUGGUUUCUGGUUUUUGGAAACAUAAUCACAGCAGGCUGCUACAUGCUGUUAGGACCAGUCCCAGUCUUGCACAUUCAAAGUCAACUGUGGCUGCUGGUGCUGAUGUUAGUCGUGAUUGGCAUUUCCUCUGGAAUGAGUAUAAUCCCAACUUUCCCGGAGAUUAUCAGUUGCGCCCAUGAGAAUGGGUUUGAAGAAGGAUUAAGUACACUGGCCCUCGUGUCAGGUCUCUUCAGUGCAAUGUGGUCCGUUGGUGCUUUUAUGGGACCAACACUGGGUGGAUUUCUGUAUGAGAAAAUUGGUUUUGAAUGGGCAGCAGCUGUACAAGGUCUGUGGGCUCUGACAAGUGGACUAUCAAUGGGCUUGUUUUAUCUAUUGGAGUACUCAAGGAGAAGAAGAAGAUCAAAAGUUCACAGUAUCCUUGGCACAGAGGAGGAACAGCGUGCUCUCUUGCCUGAUGAAAACCAGCCUUGAGAACCUUGGGAGACACAGGGUUGGGAGAUGGAUGUUCCUGGCCUUGAAUAUUAAAGUUGGAAAGUUUGAAAA